UGCAAAAGAGGCCGGCUCUAGAGAUUCCGAGUCACUCCGAAACAGAGGAUAUCAGCAAGCGCGGCAGCACAGGGCACGGAUUGGCCUACCUCGAACCGGAAUUCCACGCUCCAUGAUUCGGUACUCGCCAAACUCGUUGGUCUCGCUGGUGAAAGCUUCUCGUAGCAGCAGUACUAGCGGCUCGUACGGACAUCUGUCGGAUAGUGCGCUGGGACCGGCGCUUUUUGCCGGGUCUACCCGGACAUCAUCUGCCUACAGCCAGCAUGUUCCCGCUUCACCAUCCGCCUCAGCUGGGACAUUUUUUGGCCAAGUCGCAGCAAAUCAACGAACUCUCUAGCAAUAAGCAGGAAUAGACAACCUCCGUGUCCAACCAGUGACACGACAAGAGGCGGACAGCACAAGCAAUGCUCUGCAGAAGACAUCCCGCGUUAUACGUGAACCAGCCCCGCACGUCCUAAUGCACAAGACAAGUCCUUCGAACGGGUCGGCCAUGUUUGAAGUUUGCUGCAAAGCAUACUCCCAGCUUAAGAACCUCAAAACCCAUCUGCGAUCACACACCGGCGAAAAGCCGUAUACCGGCGAGUACCCGGGUUGUAGCAAGGCGUUCAACAACGUGUCCGACCAUGCAAAACACCAGAACCGCACCUACAGCAUUGCGAAUCACUACCCGGAGGACAUGCAGAGUGGCAAGACAACGAGCAUGAGCAGUCGGAGCAUCAAGUUGGAGUCGGACGCACACUCGCCGGGUCAACCGCCGAUCAGUAGUCCGAUGUCGAUCUCGGCGCUUACUGCUAGGCUGAUGGACGAUUGCGACGGUGGCAGCAUGCAGCUGGGCAGUCUCGAAGUUGAUCCGGCUUGGCCGUACGCGGACGAGGAUUUGGAGUCGCCGAUCUGCCAUUUGUCCUGCGGGAAAUUGUUGACCUCGGUGGUCCGGCCACAGCGACAGCUGGUGCUCGCCUACCGGAAGUACUCGGAAUCGGUUCAAGAACCAAGGCACGACUCCGUCAUCGCCCCUCGCCAAGGACAACUGCCAGACGACGGAUGGGAGUUUUACGACGUCUGCCGCUGUCGUGAAACACCAACACGAUGAUGUCGAACGCGUACCUGAACCCGG